AUGCCGCCGACGGACAACCAAGGAUCUUUUCUCAACCGUAUAAGCAUCCGGCGAAAUCAAGUAGUCUACGAGCAUGAUGUCGAAGACCUCGAACAAUUCCAGAAACACGUCGCCGACCGCCUUACCGAACUCUUCCACCUUCCCACAGAAGACAUAGCACCCGAUGAUCCACCGGAGACACUCUUAUCCAUUGCCUGGUUUCGUAAGCUUCUUGACGCAUUUCUAUGUUGCGAGGCAGAAUUCAAGGCGGUUGUCAUCAUGGGCCGUGACCCUGCCACCUUCGCUAAAUCCCCACUCGACCGCCUUAUCCCGGAGCACCUUGAUCGGUCGGUUAAAGCUCUAGAUAUCUGCAAUGCGAUUACUCAUGGAAUCGAUCUGCUUUUACAUUGGCAGAAGCUCGCCCAGAUUGCCGUUGAUUCUCUUCAGCAACGACCAUUCGGAGAAGGGAACGUCAAAAGGGCAAAAAAGGCAUUGGAUACAUUACUAUCUUCGAUCACCAUCGACGACAAGGAGAACCACCAUCACAGCGGAAAAUACGCAGCGUCGAAAGAUCAGGAAACAAUCGGAAACCUAAGAUCGUUAUCCUAUUCAUUCGCCAAGUCAUGGUCAGCCUCCAAGCAAAUCCAGGCUAUGUCCUCGAAUCUGGCAGCGCCACGCGGCGGCGAGCCGACGGGUUUGGUCGUACCUGUUUACUUAAUGAGCUCCGUUUUGGUUUUCGUGAUGUGGGCAAUGGUGGCGGCGAUUCCAUGUCAAGAAAGGACAGGGCUGGGGGCUCAUUCGCAGAUACCGAAGCAAUUUCCGUGGGCACAUCCGAUGAACGGGCUGCAAGAAAAGAUUGCAGAGGACUGGAAGAAGAAGGAGAAGAAAGGACGGAGUGGGUUGUUGGAGGAGACACAGAGACUGGAGAAAUUGGGGCAGAAUUUGGUGGAAUUUGCAGACGGGUUUACAUUCCCAGUAGAGGAGGAGAAGGCGGAGGAGGUGGCGGCGCAAGUGGUGGAGAUGGGUGAGAUAUGUCGGAGGAUGGAGGAUGGGUUAAUGCCGUUGCAGAUGCAGGUGAGGGAAUUGUUUCUCCGGAUGGUGAGGAGCAGGGGUGAGGCCCUUGAUGUUCUUGAUCAAGUUAACAAGAUCACCACACCAGUUCCAUAUAAUUUUUAG